UCAAAGGGAUUAUGUAGAAAGAGUGGCAGGUGUUGGCCACGUUCCCGGGUAUUGGCUUAUGAUUAUGAUGUGAGGUUCAUGAAUAAAAUGUCAAGUUAUCAGCCAAUCAAAAUCCAUUUUAGCCCACAAUAAUAAGACAAAAUCAUUCCACGAUAAAACGCCGAGCUCUGAAUUUGUAAACAUUUCAAACGCCAUUCGUUACCUCGGCCGUCCCUCCUCUCAAUCUUCUCCCCCCAUAGUUAUCCUAAAAUUUUCGAUUAAACCAAACUUGUUUCCUUGUUCGGACAAGAAGAAACAGAAUGGAAAGAGAAACCAGCUCUGGCCUUCCUCCCGGUUUUCGGUUCCACCCCACAGAUGAAGAAUUGAUUAUGUAUUACCUCAAAAACCAGGCCAAAUCAAGGCCAUGCCCUGUUUCAAUAAUCCCAGAAGUUGAUAUAUACAAAUUUGAUCCAUGGCAAUUGCCUGGGAAAGCUGAAAUUGGUGAAAAUGAAUGGUAUUUUUUUACCCCUCGAGACAGAAAGUACCCUAAUGGGGUGCGCCCCAAUAGGGCAUCUGUGUCAGGGUACUGGAAGGCUACUGGGACAGACAAAGCCAUAUAUAGUGGUUCUAAAUACGUUGGGGUGAAGAAAGCUCUUGUGUUCUACAAGGGCAGGCCACCAAAGGGAAUCAAGACUGACUGGAUUAUGCAUGAAUAUCGGUUAAGCGAUUCGCGAAAACAAAUCACCAAGCAAAAUGGAUCCAUGAGACUGGAUGAUUGGGUCCUGUGCAGAAUCUACAAGAAGCGGCACACAGCUGGGAAAGUUUUGGAUCAAAAAGUGGAAGAAUCAAAUACCCAAAUUGACAUGAUAGGGUACUCAAAUGAUGCUAGUGAAAGCCAACAAAUGUUGAAAUUCCCCAGGACAUGUUCAUUUUCUCAUCUAUUGGAAUUGGAUUACAUGGGUCCAAUUGCCCAACUUUUGAGUGAAAACACAUACAAUACAACCUUUGAUUUCCCUCACACCAUAGACGAUACCGGUACUGACCAUGUUGAGAAACUUCAGCUAGGAGAAAUAUCUUACCAAAACACUGAUGCAGGGAAGUUUCAAGUGAUCAAUCAGAGUGGGAUCCUAAACCAGCAAGUAUAUAUGAAUCCCAUGGUGUAUCAGUUUCAGUAAUAGAUAUGCAUUUGAUUGUUUUCACCUCAAAGAAAUAUUGGAUUGGCUAGACACGUAAGAAAAUGGAUCACCCUUAUCCAUUCCAAAAAUUGUAAAACCUGUUUGCUCAGAGAUUAUAUAUUUAGAUGUUUAAUCUGUGAUAGAAGUUUCAGCCAUCUGAUUCAAGUAUUAUAAAAUUAAUAUUGAUUAAUGUAAAUUUUAA